GAUGACGGAGAAUGAGAAAUGAUUACAUGUAUCUGUUCGUGGUCGUUUGAAUGAUUUUGUUUUCAGCCGCGUGCGUGUACCUCUAGGCUCUAGCUCUGAUUACUGGAACACUGAACAAUCGUAGCCGCAAAGAUCUGAGAAGUGGAAGAAGUGCGACGCUAGCGCUGUGACUGAAGUGCGGCGCUGUCACUGUUCGAGUCGCUUGAGCGGAUCCAUGCUCGUUUCAUUGCCACACAUAAUACUCUUUUUUCCUGUAGCGAAUACUGAGACCAGCGAGGGCGCUCCGCAGGGUGAAUAAUUAUUAGGUAAUUAUCCUUCAGCGAUUGGCUUCCAGGCAUUUUCACCAUCAGUUAGAAGUUUCUGAGCCGUGCAGUUCGACUGGGUGGAGCUACUGCACCGCUUACUGAAUAGUACACGCACACACAAAGACAGUUCGACACUCUACACCCAGACAGCGACACGCGCACAUUCCCACGGAGCAAGAGGAUGACGGAGAGUCAAGGUUUCGGACCACCGGAGCAGCAGUACUGCCCGGAGCAGAUCGUCAUCCCUCCUGACCUACCACUACUGUUAAAGAACUACACGAAGGCUGCAAUACGCACCCAACCGUCAGACCUAGUCGCAUGGUCAGCAAGCUACUUCCAGGCAAUGAGGAAGGGAGAAACACUUCCCGUGCGGCAUCGUCUAGAACUCCCCACCGUUGAGAAGGAAGCUCUAACUGAGAGGAAGCUGGCUUCACUGCACAGACAAUUGGGGGAUCAGAAGGUUGUGUCUGUGGAUACUAUUCGAGAUCGCUGGCAAUCUGUCGGCGCUGGUAUGUCGAUCCUUGACGCCAACCUUCGCACUGGUGGCUGGCCGGAUGAAAUCAAUUGGUUGCAGUUUCUUGUUCUCGGCUGUGGCAGCAUAACAUCGGGUUUGAAAGAGGCCAUGAAGAUGUUCUGCCGUAUCCAUAGCGACGACGACCUCGGUGGCGCGGCACGCGUUCCGUUCGCUGUCUUCACCGAAGUCUUUAACUGGCUGGCGGCGCAGGAUUCCAAGAUCGGCAAGAAGACGCAGGAUGACGUGUUGAACUACCUCUCCGGUCAGGCCUCACAGGCAGCGGGCAUGAUUGGACCACGCAACAUUGAACAUCAGGACUGCCCUCGCUUCUAGUAGUAGUCGUAAGAUGAGCUCCAAACUCCCUGCUACUACGGAUACAUCAUGCAAGAACAAGGGAGUAGUAGAAUGCCGGUAUUUUACUACUCCCCGAUUUGAACAAGCCAGCGGGACUUCCGUCAUGCAGAUCUGAACACAGCCGCCCAGUCAGUCGAGUUGUAAUUAUUUCAACACCCAAUCACAUGCACCGGAUGCUACUAAGCUGGAAGAGGAGUGAUGUUUGGACGACCGGCCUGGCUGUAAUAUAUUGACUUUGCGCUGGUGGCAUGCAUGCCCGCUCACUGAUGUCUAAACGCAUUGCUGUACUCCUAGUUGCGCAUCCAACAGGAUUUGGAACACGCCGCCUUCACCCACCUAUCUGCUUACAAAUGAAAAUGUGCACAGAUCAGACCUGCUCAGAUCAGACCGGCUCAGAUCAGACCUGCCAACUAUAAUAGUUCUAGUACAUGUAGGUAUCAAUGUUUUGCAGUGCAACACAAGAACAUGUUCUUCUUAGUUAUUACCCUUGGUUUCCUAGUCAAAUGUUUUAGUCAAUGAGUCUUAUGAUCAGCGUCGUCACGUA